GUUGUGGAUUUGACAUGAUCGUCUGGUUCAGAGUGAUGGAGCGGAUCACCAUGUAGACAGCAGCCGACGGGAAGCAGGUAGAAUGGGAAACCACAUAUGGAGAGCCGCCGGUCUGCAGCCGUGGUGAGCGUAGACGUCCUCAGGACCUCAGCCGGGAUCUCGCGGAUGGCUGUCGCGUCCCCGCUCGAGUAACGCAGAGGAGCCUCUCUUCAACUGCAGACAGCGGACAGGAUCAGUUUUUUUUCUUCAUCCUCCCUCUCUUACCUUCUAUUCUCUCCUGCAUUGCUCUCGUUUUUUUUAGACACCUGUUCUCCAGCCGCACCAGGGACUCCUUCUCUGCCCGUGUGGCAUUUUCUCCAUUUCUCUCAUCCGCUUUCAAGAAAAGCUACCAAGCAAUACUCAGCCACCAUGGGGGACAUGACAAAUAGAGAUUUUUACACCAAGAACCAAAGCAACGACAGCAACCAUGCAGGGGGAUUUGGAUGCUCGCUCAUGGAGCUGCGUUCCCUCAUGGAGCUCAGAGGAACGGAGGCAGUGGUCAAAAUUCAGGAGGACUAUGGAGGUGUCGAGGGACUGUGCCAGAGGCUGAAAACCUCGCCGACAGAGGGUUUGGAUGGAGUUGCCACAGAUCUAGUUAAAAGAAAAGAAGUCUUCGGGCAAAAUCUUAUACCUCCAAAAAAGCCAAAAACUUUUUUACAGUUAGUGUGGGAAGCAUUACAAGAUGUGACCCUCAUUAUCCUGGAGAUUGCAGCGCUGAUCUCUCUGGGACUGUCCUUUUAUCAGCCGCCUGGAGAGCGCAGCGAGUGUGAGUAUCUGUCUGUCAUUACACCCUUCUCUUCGGGUUUGAUGAGGUGGCUUUCAGCUUUAUGUGCCUGA